CACAAAAAUUAACCCACCGAUUAUCACCUUGUCAAACACGAGCCACCAAUGUCCACCACCACCGAGUCAGACCAACUCACCUCCAACUGGUCCGAGUUAACUCACGAGAUCCUCCUCAACAUCCUAACUCGACUCACUCUCGAAGACCGAUGGAACGGCACCAUGCUCGUCUGCAAGUCAUGGCUACAAGCCUCCAAGGAUCCGUCUCUUCACUCCGUUUUCGAUCUCGAAUCGUCCUUCAAAUCGCGACCCGUUGAGUCGACUCGCUGGUGGACGCCUGAGUUCGAGAGGAAGAUCGAUAACAUGAUCAGAUCUGUUGUGGAUUGGAGUGAGGGGAAGAUUGUUGAAGUUAGGGUUAGACAUUGUUCUGAUCGGGCGCUUUCUGUUGUUGCUCAACGAUGCCCAAAUCUAGAAGUAUUAUCAAUCAAAAGCUGCCCAAACGUGACCGAUGAGUCCAUGAUAAAGAUAGCAUCUGGGUGCCCCAAACUCAAGGAACUCGACAUGAGCUAUUGCUACGAAAUCUCUCAUGAAUCGAUACAAGCGUUAGGAAGAAAAUGCACUAACAUCUCGAUUCUAAAACGCAACCUUAUGAAUUGGUUAGAUCCUUCAGAACACAUAGGAAUCGUACCCACGAGCUACUUAAACGCGUGUCCUCAAGACGGGGACUCUGAAGCUGCUGCAAUUGGGAACUUAAUGCCUCAAUUAUUACAUCUUGAACUCAGGUUCUCGAAAUUAACAGCCCGAGGCCUCGCUCUGAUUUCGCAAGGGUGUAAAAACCUCGAGUACCUGGAUUUAUCGGGUUGUGUGAGUGUUACUAGCCGGGAUAUUGAGAAUUCAACAUCGGGUUUGACUAAUUUGAAGAACGUUAAGAAGAACAACUUUUAUAUCCCGAGGUCGGCCAGUGUUCAUGCGGAACGAUAUGGUCAUUGGAGGUUGUAUGAUGAACGAUUCCAGACGGAUGCUUUUCGUCUUUGAACUCGCAACGGAGAAUAAUGGGGUUCAUCAAGUGAUCAUGUUGUUAUAUAAGCGUUCCAUUAGAUGAUCAUUUUGUUAUAUAAGCUUGUUGUAUUAAGUACAUCUUUCUCAUGUUUAUAUUGAAUUUGAAUGUAGAUGUGUGCUGCUGUUUAAACCA